AUGACAACUUUCAACGGAAUUGCUCACAUCAAAGUUAUAGAAGCUCGUGACCUACGACCUACCGAAUGGUCAAAAAGAUUUAAAAUCAAUUCUAAAGAGACAGAAUUAUUGGAUGCGUAUGUAAAUAUUGAUUGUGAUGAGAAUCAUAUCGGCGAAACAUUAACACGUCCAAAAACUUGCAUGCCUAUUUGGAAUGAAGAUUAUGAGACUGAGGUUCAUGAUGGUCAUGAGCUUGAAUUUACCGUGUUUCAUGAUUGCGCCUUACCGACUGAUGAUUUUGUGGCAAAUUGUCGCAUACAAUUUGAAGAUUUGAAAAUUGGAACAAAGAAUGAUGUUUGGAUUGAUUUGGAGCCACACGGAAAACUUCAUUUGCUUAUUGAAUUGAAAGGUUCAUUAAGUGAAGAGGCAGCUCAAAAUAAUGCUAAUAAGAAAGAGCGAGUUUUUCGGGAACGUAUCGAUGCAUUCAGCGGUCGACAACGUCGAGGUGCAAUGCGCCGGAAAAUUCAUGAAGUUACGGGACAUAAAUUUAUGGCCUUAUUUUUACGACAGCCAACUUUUUGUGCCCAUUGUAAAGAUUUUAUUUGGGGACUUGGCAAACAAGGCUAUCAAUGUCAAAUAUGUACGGUAGUUGUACACAAACGAUGUCAUGAAAAGGUAAUAUGGAAAUGUCCUGGAAUUCGUACCAGCGCUAUUGAUGAAUUGCAAACUGAAGCAACAAAGCAAAGUCUUGGCCGAUUUAAUAUUAACAUACCACAUCGUUUCACUGUUCGCAGUUAUAAGCGGCCAACAUUUUGCGAUCAUUGUGGCUCAAUGCUUUAUGGCCUAAUCAAUCAAGGAUUACAGUGUUCGGUUUGUAAACGUAAUAUACAUAAACGUUGCCAACGUAAUGUCGCCAAUAAUUGUGGUAUCAAUUCUAAGCAAAUGGCAUUAGAACUUGCCCAACUUGGUUUAACCGGUGAUAAAAUGUCAAUUCGAUGUAAGAAAAAGCCAUCGGUAAUGUCUGAAGAUAUUUGUGAUAAGACAGAUGUACUAUUAGCAGGAAAAACAACAGUGCCAGCUACUACUUCUUCAAUGACUCAAAUGAUUUUCAAAUCUGACAUUGAAAAAGAUGAAUUAUUGGAAACGGAAAUUAAUGAUGAGAAUUCAAGUGAUAAAUCGGUUAUUGCGGUAAAACCAACCGCUAUAACUAUCAAUGAUUUUGUUUUUAUCAAAGUUCUCGGGAAAGGAUCAUUUGGAAAGGUAAUGCUAGCGGAGCAUAAACGAACCGAUGAAGUUUAUGCGGUGAAAAUACUGAAGAAAGAUGUGAUAUUGCAAGAUGAUGAUGUUGAUUGUACAAUGUGCGAAAAAAGGAUAUUAGCUUUAGCAGCAAAGCAUCCAUUUCUGACAGCCAUACAUUCUUGCUUUCAAACUGUGGAUCGGUUAUUUUUUGUUAUGGAAUUUGUAAAUGGUGGUGAUUUAAUGUUUCAAAUACAAAGGGCACGAAAAUUUGAUGAACCAUGCGCUCGUUUUUAUUCUGCCGAAGUUACCUGUGCAUUACAAUUCUUGCAUCGUAAUGCUGUCAUUUAUCGUGAUCUUAAACUCGAUAAUAUAUUGCUGGAUGCUGAAGGACACUGCCGUUUAGCAGAUUUUGGAAUGUGUAAAGAAGGCAUUACGAAUUCUAAACUUACUUCAACAUUUUGUGGUACACCAGAUUAUAUUGCACCAGAGAUAUUGGAAGAAAUGGAAUAUGGUAUGUCGGUAGAUUGGUGGGCAUUAGGUGUUUUUAUGUAUGAAAUGAUGGCUGGACAACCACCAUUUGAAGCUGAUAAUGAAGAUGAACUCUUUGAAGCUAUCUUACACGAUGAUGUCCUCUAUCCUGUAUGGCUUUCCAAGGAAGCAGUGAAUAUUUUAAAAGCGUUAAUGACGAAAAAUCCAUUGAAACGAUUAGGUUGCAUACAAUCACAAGGCGGUGAAGAUGCAAUUCGUGCGCAUCCAUUCUUCUGGGAUAUCGACUGGGAAGCAUUGGAGGCACGUCGUGUAAAACCACCUUUUAAGCCUAAAAUUAAAUCAAAACGUGAUACAAGUAAUUUCGAUGCUGACUUCACAAAGGAAGAACCGGUGCUUACACCAACAGAACCGGCUAUUCUCAGGACAAUAAAUCAAGAGGAAUUUCGUAAUUUCUCAUUUGUAAAUCCUGAUUUCCGGCUUAAUCAUUAA